AUGGGCCAAGUGGAGUUUGAGCUGGCCUGCGCUGCUAUAAAGCAGUUGAAGGGGCCUGUGAGUGAUCAUGAGAAGCUCUUGGUGUACAGCUUCUACAAACAAGCCACCAAAGGCGACUGCGACAUCCCUGCCCCACCUGCCACAGAUGUGAAAGCCAAGGCCAAGUGGGAGGCAUGGAACAAGAAAAAAGGGAUGUCCAAGAUGGAUGCCAUGAGGGUCUACAUUGCUAAAGUAGAAGAACUGAAGAAAAAGGAAAAGGGUUGA